AAUUUUUGCAAUUAUUAAGAUUGUAUAAUAAAAUUUAAAAUUAUAUUCAUAAUAUAUGGAUAUACAGUAAUAAAUAUGGAGCAACCCAACUUAUUGGACAUUGUUCCUGAUCAAUUGUUCCAAACAUAUUACAUUAAUGAUAUAGAUCACGUACAGAAAAAACUACAAUAUGAAAUUGAAAGGAAAAGAGAGGAGCUACGGGCUAUGGUUGGAGAAAGAUAUAGAGAUCUUAUUCAUGCAGCUGAUACUAUUGAGGAAAUGAAAGAAACAUCAAGUAGCACUUUGAAUCAUAUAAAUGACAUGAUGGUGGCUUGUAAGAGCCUGCACGAUACACAUUUAGUAGGUUUCAAGAUUGACAAAAGCCCUCUUGAGAGUCAAAGUUUACAGACAACCAUAGCCCCAGUACACACUUUGUCAGUACAAGUAAAAUUAUUAAUGGAAAUACCAGAAAAAAUUUGGAAAAGUAUCAGCGUCAAUGAUUUUGUCACAGCUGCACAGCUGUUUAUAAUGGCUAGACAUAUUAAUACAGGAUUGCAAUUACACAUUGGUGGUAAAAAUGUGAAGCCAGGAAUGCAGUCACUUCAGCGGGUAGUUCAACAACAUUGGUAUUCAGUGUCUAAUCUGAGUCGGACUAUAGUUGACAUGUGCAGGCAAACACUACAAGAUGUUGAUAUUAGUGUUUCGGUUGCCUGUUCCUGCCUCGUUGGUCUCUAUUUACUAGACUCCCAAACCAUGGUGCAACUUUUGAACACGCUCAUAGGAGUCCAUAGCAACAACAGCCUUAAAUCAACAUUACAAUUCGACCUUGCAAAGAUCCUAGAAGGAGAUGUUAAAGCGCAGAUUAAAAAGAAAAUUAUCAAUGGUGUCAAGAUUGUUUUGAAGACUGUGGAACUUGUCUAUGCUUGUUUUGUGGAAAAUGAAGGAGGUGCAGUAUUAGAAAAACUCAAUGAAUUGUAUCGAACAAACUCACAACCUUUGCUCGAGUUAGUGCAAUAUAGUGAUCCGGCUGCUCUGAAACUUUUACCGUCCGCUGUAACUAGUUACCGGUUAUCCUCAAAUAAAGAAUUACAGCCAUUAGCCAAAGACGAAAUAACGGGCUGUGUACAAAAAUGGAGCGUCUGGGUGAAGUCGUUUAUCAAUGAAAACGUUCAAGCACUACUACAGAACAUCACGAGAGUGAAAGUAUUACAGGAAAUAAGACGGGAGACAUUUAAAAUUGAAUCUCCACCCAACUGGAGUUCGAUAUGUCAGUCAUUAGACAUACCGGAAGUACACGUAUGGCGUCACUACUUCCAACCACUCCUAACGUCCCGAGUUAAGGCGAUCAUAGACAAUCGUUGGCAGAAAGUCUACGAUACAUUCAAGACUCAGCUAUUGGUCGAUCUGACUAAGGUAUCUUCGGACAGUGAGGUGGAGAAGGAGGCGGAUAUCAACUGGUUCGUCUGGAAGGAUCUUAUAGGAGAUACGGUUAUUGAAUCGAGAAAUGAGGUCGUUAAAGUUAUGAAUGGCUUGAUGAAAGGCAUGUCCCGUCAAGAUCGCGGCUUUACGCCUAACUUGGAGAAACUCUGCCAAAGCUUAGACGAUGAACUGCAGAAGCUUCUAGAAGAUUUAAAAGAAUAUUUAUACAAAGAUAGAAGGGGUGCGAAAGAUAAGCUGUACGUGUACGAUGAAGAAGAAGAUACGGAUCAAGUCUACACAGACAGUGAUGAAAUAGAAGAUUAUUUAAGACAUACAUCAGAUAAAUACAUACAGAGCAUGUUGCAUUACAUAAAAGCUUGUUUCGAAGAACAAACCCUUCAGUCCACUGAAUUACAGAGGAAAACAACAGCGAUAUAUACAGCGAGAUUUGUUCAAGCGAUAACCGCUCUUAUGCAUAACUUACGCAAGUGCUAUAUUAAAGAGGAACAGAGAUUAGGUCUGAGUAUCAAAGACGAUGCUUUAAAGAGUUGGAAUGAUAUUUGUGGAGUUUUGAAGCAGAAUUGUCUAUUUUGUUGGGGGAAAUGGCUGGAUAUAGUUGAUGGAAAAGUUAGGGAACUGACUGAAGAACUGCCCCAGGAAUUUACUUUGGAAGCUAAUAUUGAUUAUUUAAUGAUGCAAUGGGAUGUAAUUAAAAUCGAGGAAAAGGACGAAGAAGGAAAUGCCAUAGAAUCCACAAUCAAAGUGCCGGCUUGUCCUUCAAUAAAACUCCAAGAAUAUCUGUACGCAGUCAGUCGGAUACUGGACGAAGUUGUCCCACACACAUUACCAUCGGAAAUACAUACAGCAUUCAUUGAGAACACUAUUUCCAUCACACUCGCACAUUACAACAAAGUCAUAAAAGAGAAAGAGACGGAUAUAAAUCAGAGAUGUGCGCUUCAAUUGCUGAUGGAUGUUAGGCACUUGACUUUGUUGAUGGUCCCGAGGGAGAACAAAAAUGCAAUGGAGCUGUCGCAUGAUAUUUGUGAGUUUUUGCGACAGAAGAUAGAUCCGUUCGAUUAUGAUGUAUUUUAUCCGUAUAUACAGACUAAUUUGAAGAGAUCAGUGCAGAGAGUUCAGACCCUCCUCGGCAGCUUGAUACUCCAUCACGGUCAACUAACCGGUAUAAUCGGGACUAAACCGAUUCUGUCCGGAGGUACGGGAGAUAAGGCGGCUACUCUAUUGGCUGCGGCGGACACGCACUGGUUCUCCAUACUGCCCGUUGCGACCCCCGCUAAUGUGCAUAAGAAACAAGAAAAGCCGGUUAAGAAGAAACCCGUUUCAGCGAGUCCAAACAAAUCUAGAUCAGAUAUAUCUGAUUUAAUGACCAGUUCGUUGCCAAUAAACUUCGCGAACGCAAGAUCGGGAGCAGCAUCAUUCUUCAACUCCAUGACCUCUGAUUGGUUCAGCGGAUAAAUGUUUAUUUUAAAUGAAAUUAUAUUUAAUAUUAAUAACGUUAACUAUGUAUUACAAUUUUAUAUCAUU